AUGAAGCCACCCACAGUCUUGGUUUUGGUGGUUUUGAUCGCCAUUGUGAUGGACACGGUCUAUCCUAUGUCUUCUGGAAGAUUGCAGAAACCUGGAGCUUGUCCCAAGGUGCCCCCAAAUACUGGUGGAGCAUGUGUUGAGAAAUGCUCUGGAGAUGAUUCCUGCCCUGGGAAUAUGAAGUGCUGCAGCAAUGGGUGUGGUCAUGUCUGCAAACCUCCUGUUUCCUAA